GACCCUUCACACCGGUCUACACACAGGAGCCCAGCGGAGCUCAUUCUUCGGAAAGGUCUUGCAAUGGCGUCUGCCGACCCGCGAGCCGAACUGACGUGCUCCAUCUGCGUGGAGAUAUUUAAAGAUCCGGUCACCCUGCCGUGCGGACACAGCUUCUGCCAGGGCUGCAUCACACAAACGUGGGACAGCAAGGACGAGGGCGAGUCCACCUGCCCAGAAUGCAACCAGAGGUACCGACGUCGCCCCGAGCUGAAGAAAAGCGUCAGACUGGUCAAUCUGGUGGAGUUUUUCAGGCCGGCGGAGCAGCCGAAGGACGGGAAUUUCUGCAGUCACUGCAUCCACGUCCCGGUACCGGCUGUCAAGUCCUGUCUUCAUUGUGAAGUUUCUCUGUGUGACGAGCACCUGAGGUUCCACGCCAAGUCCCUGGAGCACGUCCUCUCCGACCCCUCCGCUUCCUUGGGGGACAGGAAAUGCUCCGCCCACAGCAGGAUCCUGGAGUAUUUCUGCACAGAGGACUCUGCCUAUGUCUGCGUCUGCUGCAGGCUGGACGGGGAGCACCAGGGGCACCCGGUGCAGAUGCUCCACGUGGUCUCUGAGAAGAAGAAGGGCAAACUACGGGAAAAUCUGUGCAAACUGUCUCUAAAGAAGAAGGAAAUGGGGAAAAGAGCCCAGGAGCUGCAAGAACGCCGAAACAAAGCCCAAGAAAAAAUGGCCGGCGUGACCGAGAAAGUCGCGGCUCUGUUUGGUGACAUUAGGAGGCAACUGGAGGAUCUGGAGAGGAGGGUCAUGUCCGAGAUUACCGGCCACGAUGAGGUUUUACAUUCAAUCUCGGAUCUGAUUCGGCAGCUGGAAGUAAAGAAGGACGAGGUGUCCAGUAAGAUCCAACGUAUAGAGGAGCUUUGUAACGUCACCGACCCGCUGACCGUCCUCCAUGAAGGAGAUGAGGAUGGAGAGGAGUUCUGUGAUAUAAAGGAGAGCCGAGACGAGGGGGAGGAGGACCUGUAUGCUGGUGACCUGGAUGAGGGUCUCAUCUCCGAGAUGAUCCACACUGGUUUAUCGGAUCUCAUAACGGGAAUAAAGAGAGGAAUCUAUGUGCAGGGCCCGGCGGAGGUCCUCCUGGACGUUGCCACCGCCGCCCGCAACGUGUAUAUUUCCGAUGACCUGAAAAGCGUUUCCCUUUUAUGCGAGGAAGUCAACCGGGAAGAGUCACCAGACAAGUCUCAGGACAGCGGCCAGGUGUUCAGCACCAAGAGUUUCUCCUCGGGACGGCACUACUGGGAGGUGGAGACCAGUGAACUGGGAGAAUGCGUCUUCGGGGUCGCUUAUCCCAGUAUGGACCGGGAGUCCGGACUCGGAAGUAACAGCAAGUCCUGGUGUAUGUGUAAGUGGCAUCUCAAUUCUUCCAAUCACUACUUAGUGACACAUAACAACAUUUGUACCGAUAUUCAGCAGCAGGUGUCCUGUAACAGGUUCAGUAUAUAUCUGGACUGUGAGGCCGGGCGGCUCUCGUUUUAUGAGCUUUCCAUUCCAAUCCGACACCUCCAUACCUUCACCGUCACUUUCACCGAGCCCCUCCAUGCCGUGUUCAGCGUAUCCAACAAUGGCGACCUGUCCUCUGUCUGGAUGAGGAUCAGGAACUAGAGUCCCUACAGAAAGCUGGGC